UCCCACUUGGGCGGGAAAGCAAAGAAUAUCCCAGUUUAGACAAGGUAAAUCUAAUGUCAAACUGAUUGAUUUUUGUGGUUCUCAACUUCUCAUGCGACCAAACGUUUGUCAAAAAUUUAAACAAAGGCUGCUGUCGCCGUCGCCGUUGCCGCCGGUCCCUUCGUCUCCGGUAAGACCCCACGGUCUCCAUGGAUCUUCCUCCAUAUCACCACCAGCACCACCGUCACCAUCACCUCAGGUACGUUCAACCUCCUCCAAACUUUUCCCAUAACCCUAAUUUCUUCCACCACCUUCCUCCGCCGCCGCCGCCGCCACAGCAACGGCCUCCACCACCACCACCACCACUAUCCAAUCUCCCUCCACCACCACCUCAGCGUCACAUCUCUCACCCCCCUCUUCCUCCUUCACCAUCCCUUCCCUUGCACCACAAAUCCCAGUUCUCCUUCCCUUCUCGUCAUUCAGAAAACCCUCGAUACGAUUAUCACCAAAAUCGCUCUCCCCCUAGGGUUUCAUCUAAUAUAACCCUAAAUCAACCUCCGUACCAGCUCCCUCACCCCCAUCCCUCAAGUUUUCAUUAUAACGACCAUUACCAUAAGCCCCCUCCUCCUCCUCCACCGAGGUUUAUUGUGAAUGAUUUUACCUCAAGUGGGUCGAGAGAGAAUCGUGCUAGCUCUGUAAACGACAGUCAAGAGCCUCUUAGGAUUAGGAGAGAUGUGAAUAGCAAGUAUGAUGAUGAUGAAAUGUACCGUCUUGAGAGGCGUAGAAUGGAGAUUGAUAUAAAACCAUCGAGGGAUUUUAGAAAGAGUCCGGGGAAUUAUGAUGUGCGUGUUGAUAGAUAUGAAGGUGAGAGAUGGGAAUAUGGUGAUAAUGUUGAUGAGGUUCCAGUUGGUUCUUCUUCUAGGCGAGUGUCUUCUUUGGAUAAUGGUAAUGAUUACACUGAUGUUAGGUUUAGCAAUAGGUUAAGAGUGGACAAGGAGGAAAUUCAUAGGUCUCCACAGAAGAAGCAAGUGCAGAAGAAGAGUGCAUUGCUCAGGAUUCAAUGUGGGAAAGCUAACAACAGGAGUAGAAAUCAGGACCAUGACUUGAGUUCUGGUGCUGUAAGGGGAAAGCAGAAAGAUGUGUUUGAGAGGUUGGAGAGAAGGGUUGAGGAAAGAGAGGGAAGCCAGAUGGAGCUUGAUGUUUCAUUUAAAUCUAAUGCACUUGUGGCAAAGGCCAUUAUGACCCCGUCAAGCUCCGCCAUUGACUCAGACAGAAGUGAAGCACCUAGAUGUAAGAAGAUUAGAAAAGUGAAUUUCUCUGGUUCUCCAACAAAGAGAAUAGGAGACGAUUCGGGAAAGGGUUAUGGUUCAGCAAAUGAUUCUGGUUGCCGACCGAGUUCUAACCAAGAGUUCAAUUGUUUGGCAGAUAAAAUUACGGUUUCUGCAGUUGGAAGUUCAUCUAAUUGCACUUUGGAUUCUUACAAGGAUUCAAGACACUUGGCAGAUAAAAUUACAGAUUCUAUUGAUGGACGCACAAUUAAUGGUACCUUGAAUAACAACAAAGAGUCACAACUUUUGCCAGAUGAAGCUACAGUUUCUGUUGCUAGUAGUGCAUCUAACAGCACUUCAUUGCUGAGUUCGACUGUGACAAAUGAUUUAACUGGAACCAAAGAAAGCAAGGAAUCUGCAGAGAACAAGGUUUUGAAUCAGGGUAGUAAUCAUGUUGAGAAGUUCAGACUACCUUUCUUCAUAAUUAGAAAGAAGAAAGUGCCUAAGAAGAAAGUCAUAAACCCUAUCAAUGUGAAAUUGCCUUCAGAUGAAGUAGUUAGCAAACUAGAAAAACCUUUUAAACUGUCUGCUGUUAGUAAAGACGAGUCCUUAGAGCAGUCAAAUUCUGAUGGGAAGAAAGCUAGUCCAGCUAAAGUCUUGGUUUCUUCAAGCGUGGACUCUGAAAUUUAUGGCGUUGCUGAUUAUACCAGCAGAUCAGUUCAGAGUGUCCCUUCCACGAUGAAUUUUGAGACAUGUAUGAUUGAAGUACAAAACGAACCUACUAGUUCUGAUUUGGAUAAUACUGGUCAUGUUGGAGGGCAGUCUGAGGAUGAGCUCCGAGUGUCUGAAGAUGGUCCUAUUAAAGAAUCUUCUGAGUCCAUGGCUUGUGAAGAAAGAAACGGCGAUGCUGUCUUGUCAAGCCUAGAUGGGAGAGAAAUUCACAAAGAUGAAGUAUCUUCGUCAACUGAAGAUACAUAUAUCUCUGCUGAUUCUGGGUUGGGGUUUUCUGAUGGGAAGAAGAAUGCAGUUGCUGUUAUAGGAUCCUUUGGAGCAGGUUGUGUGGAGCCAUCCAGUGACUCCAACGUUGUACCUCUGCUGACUAAUAUUGAGAAAGGACUCCGAGAAAGUUUCUUUAAUGGAAAUCAUAGCAGUUCUAAUUCUGAUGAGACUGGGAGAACUGAGGUUGUCAAUGACUUGCAAACUGCAGAUUGUUUAAGUAAUAGUGAUCCAAGGGCUGGUACUUUUGGCUGUAGUUUUGAAUCAUGUGUUGAUGGACUCACAUUGUCACCUGAGAUGAGACAUACUAAAGGAUCUAUCAAUUCAGUGGUUUCUGUUGGAGAUGAUGUUAGGAUUAUUGUGGAUGAUGACUGUUUACCUAAGGUCACCAGGAAGAGGAAGAUUAUGGAUGACAAGUCUGUUUUGCCCACUACGAAGAUGAGUAAGACAGAGGAAAAUGUGGUUAGUUUUUUGCUAGGCCAAGGUAAUAAUUUCAGUUGUUUUAGAGAAGAUCGUGCCUCUGAAGAAGAGGAUGGUACAGUUUCUGGUUAUGGGACCGACUCACUAAAGGGGGAUCACUCAUAUGGGGGGCCUUCAGAAGUGAAGCUGUCACUUCAGGAUUGUUCUAAAGAUGAUUCCGAAUCGUGUUCUACCAAGAGUGCCAAGAAAAGUGAAGUUUCUUUGCCAGCUAAGGUUAAAUCUGCACCCUGUGUUACCACCUACGAGGAACCUUCUAGCAGGCCAAUUACAAUGCCUAUGAUCAAUGAUGUUUCCGUGACAGAGUUAGAAUCUCUAAAUACAUCGACUAAUGUAGAUGAUAGUCCACUAGCUCGUCCAUCAGUCAAUGUGCUUGAGAGCAGCAGUAUUGCCAAGGGUGUAUGUCAGGCUGAGCCAUUUGAACACUUUUCAGAUGAUCAGCAAGUCGUUGCUCACAAUUCUCAACUGGGAGCAGUGGGACAAGAAACUACAACUUCAAUUGUAUCCAUUGAGACGCUAAAAAUGGCUGAUAGAGUAAGCGAUGACAAAGGUUCCUCUGUUGGAAUAGACCAAAAGUUGGCCCCAGAAAGUCACGAAAGCUGUCAUUAUGUGCUUGGUAGGGAUGACAUGCCUUUAUUGGCAGAUAAUCUCUCUUUAUUUGCGAACAAAGUAAGCGUCAAAAGCAUGGAAUCUGUGCCAGAUAUGUCACCGCUGCUGUCAGUAUCCAGUGAAAUUGUUAUUGAAAAAGCCCUAAGAGUUGAUGAAAAUUCUAUAACAGCUUAUGACAAUAUUUCUUCUUCAGUGAAGACAUCGUCAGAUGCUUUUGAGUUUGAUAGAAGUUCAGAUCAUAAAGUUGGUGGCAAUCCUGUGGUUAACGUCAAUACUGUGGCAUUAUCAUCACAGAACACAGUAAAGUCCUCCAAGAAUGUGAGUUCACAAGACUGGAAACCAAAUCUAGGUGCAAACCAGCAAAGUCCUGCUGGCUCUAGGGUUUUAUCUGUUCGCCCAUCAAGUUUUAUCACUCCAAGGAAUGUGCCUGUUCCGAAGAAGCCACUGACAUGGCAUAGAACUGGUAAUAGCUCUUCCUCUGUUGUUGGACGAGGUUCCCAAAUGAACUCCCUACCUCCACAAAGCCAAUUAUCUAAGGACACUGCAAAAGUCGGCUCUUACAUUCGCAAGGGUAACAGUCUUGUCAGAAAUCCUUCUCCUGUUGGUUCCCUUCCCAAAGGAUACCAUGCUCCAAGUUCUUCAACUUACCGGUUGAACUCUUCUGGUGUGAAUGACCUUAGGAGAAAAUGUGAGAACAGGGCUGAGAUAACUGGUUCACCUAGCUGCAGGGGAACUCCAGAAGUAAAUGCUCCUUCAGAGAGACCCAAAACCCCGACACAGAGCGAAUCAUUUAGUUGCAUUACAUUGAUGUCUACAUCUUCACCAGUGGUAGAUCAUCCUGGAAAUGGUGGUAUUGCUACAAACUCAGAUCCUAUGGAAGUAACUGACAAUAUUUUGGCGCUGAAGCCUUCUGAGCUUCCUUCAACAUCUUCUGCAGUUCCUGAAUGUCAAAUUGGUCUGGGAGGUGAUUCUGGAAGCCAGAAUACAUUAGAUGAAGGCAGUUCCAGAAAGAAAAUAGUUUAUGUGAAGCAAAGAUCGAAUCAGUUAGUUGCAGCUUCAGAUAAGACCCAGACAUCAUCCGAUGGCUACUAUAAGAGGAGAAAGAAUCAACUGAUUCGUGCAUCUGACAAUAAUCAGAUGAAGCAAAGAGUUGCCACGACAAAAAAUAUAGUUCCUUUCCAAAGAGGUAUGAAAAGGCUGAGUGGUUUAGCCAAGACCUCUAAAUUGUCAAAGUUCUCAUUGGUCUGGAAAUUAGGUGACACUCAAUCAUCAAGGAAAUAUGGCGGCACUGUAGAGUAUGAGAAACUUUGGCCUUUCUUAUUUCCAUGGAAAAGAGCUAGCUAUCGGAGGAAUUUCCUCAGUUCCUCUCCAAGUGACAAUUCCUCUAUUAUCAGACGGAAGUUACUGCUCUCAAAAAAGCGGGAGACAAUCUACACAAGGUCAAUUCAUGGACUCUCUUUACGAAGAUCUAAGGUGUUAAGUGUCUCUGGCUCUAGUCUAAAGUGGUCAAAAUCUAUUGAGCAAAGGUCAAAGAAGGCUGCUGAGGAAGCUGCACUGGCAGUUGCUGCUGUUGACAAAAGGAAAAGGGGACAAUAUGGUUCUAAUGCUGACUCAAUGAAUGGAAAUAAUGUUUCUCGUAAGUUUUAUAGUGUAAAGCUGCUCCCAGGAGAAAGGAUAUUCCGCAUUGGUUGUGAGCGGUAUAAGAUGGACCCCUCUGGGAAGACACUACACAGAAUUUCAGAUGAGGAACCAUCAGUGUCAGUUCCAGAGGCAAAAAAAUCUUACGUCCCGAAAAGAUUAUUGAUUGGGAACGAUGAGUAUGUACGGGUUGGCAAUGGUAAUAAGCUGGUUAGAAAUCCAAAGAGACGAGUCUGCAUCUUAGCAAGUGAGAAAGUACGCUGGAGUUUGCACACUGCUAGAAUUCGGUUGGCAAGAAAGAAACAGUAUUGCCAGUUUUUUACAAGGUUUGGCAAGUGUAACAAGGAUAGUGGAAAAUGUCCUUACAUUCAUGACCCAUCUAAAAUCGCCGUCUGCUCUAAAUUUCUGAAUGGUUCUUGCUCUGAUACUAACUGUAAAUUGACUCACGAGGUUAUUCCCGAAAGAAUGCAAGACUGCUCCUAUUUUCUGCAAGGAAUAUGCUCAAAUGAGAAUUGUCCAUAUAGACAUGUAAAUGUGAAUCCAAAUGCUUCUAUCUGUGAAGGUUUUCUCAGGGGUUAUUGUGCUGAUGGCAAUGAGUGUCAGAAGAAACACACCUAUGUCUGCCCCGUUUUUGAAGCAACUGGCAACUGUCCAAAAGGUUCAAACUGCAAGCUUCACCAUCCGAAGAACAGAAGGAAGGGAGUGAAAAGGAAAGCUUUGAGCGAGUUAAAGAAUGGUCGAGGUCGUUACUUUGGCUCUCCGCACAUUCAUAUUACUGAGUGCAUAACAGCUGGAUCAGAGAAGCCUUCUGUCAAGGGGAAUAAUGACAUAUUCCUUGAAGGGAAGUUUGUCGAUUUUAUUAGCCUAGAUGGUAGUGACGAAGAGGAACUGACUAUUGAUCAGAGAAGCGAGGAAAAGCCACUUUGCGAGAGUGGUCCAGCAGAGAUGCAACUGGAUGAUCUCGAUGAGCUUAUUAAACCCAUGCGUCUGAUAAAUAGGAAUAGGUCUGUAGGUUCAUCUCCCUAUAUAGAUAGCCCAAGUGAUAUGACCACAAGCUAUGUAUCAGAGUAGCCUCACCAUUGUAAAUGAGGUUGUGUAAUUAGGUUUAUGUAGUGUUCUGCUAGUGCAGAGCAAUUUUUUUUCUUUUUAUUGUUAGGCUUUUAGUUAAUUACUUAGGUAUAGGUCUUAGGAUUAGGCAUAUUUUUUGUUUCACAAAAUCUGUUGUGUGAGAUAGAACAAGAAAACUGUUGUUAUAGUGAGAAUUAAAGGAAAUGAAAAUUUUAUCCCCUAUAUACAAGUCUUUAUUGGAA